AUGAAGCUGCCCGCGCGGGGCCUGCGCCUCGCCGGCCUCUCCGGCUCCUGCCACCGGUGCUUGUACCAGUUCCUGGCGUUCGUCCCCCCCGGCAACGGGAGCCAGACACAGCCGGGCACGGCAGCAGUGAUGGUCGAUACGCAGCGCCCGCUCACCCUGCUGCUCAGCGGCCCCGGGGCUGACGGAGAGCUCUGCAAGAUUCAGUAUCAUUUUGGAGAGUCUGGCAAUUAUUCCCUUGUGGUAAAGACCCUAAGUACAAGCACCAAAACUGUUUCUUGUGACCUAAUCAUCAAUGAAGGCCCUAUCAACAGCUACCUCCCUAUUCUCUUUGCUUUCCUGGUUUACAUGGGGAUUCUUGCUAUCCUGAUUGUUGGGCGCCUUCUUAUGAAAAUUGAUCCAGUCAGAAACUGGGUUUGCAAGACACUGAACCCCAGAGACACUGAUCGUAUGAUUAAUUCUGAGCUCGGGUCCCCACACACAACAGACUCCCUUAGCCACGAUCCCACCCCAAGCCUGUGGAGCACAGCCUCUAGGCAGCGCCUGCGUUCCCUGGACACAUUCCGAGGGCUCUCUCUUAUAAUUAUGGUGUUUGUUAACUACGGAGGAGGAAAAUACUGGUUCUUCAAACAUGAGAGUUGGAACGGAUUAACAGUGGCAGAUCUGGUGUUUCCAUGGUUUGUGUUCAUCAUGGGGACAUCAAUAUCGUUGUCACUGAGCUCCAUGCUGAGGUGGGGAAGUUCCAAGCGAAAGGUCUUUGGGAAAAUCCUCUGGAGGAGUUUUCUGCUAAUCCUGCUGGGAAUCUUAGUUGUGAAUCCCAAUUACUGCCUUGGACCUUUGUCCUGGGAUAAUCUGCGUAUUCCUGGUGUACUCCAGAGGCUGGGAUUCACAUACCUGGUGGUUGCUGCUCUUGAACUCCUGUUUACAAGGGCUGGGGCUGAGAGUGGGGCAUUGGAGACUCGAUGUCCCGUUCUGCAGGAUAUUCUUCCCUACUGGCCACAGUGGAUUUUCAUUGUGGUGUUAGAAGUGAUAUGGUUCUGCCUGACCUUUUUGUUACCAGUGCCAGGUUGUCCCAGGGGCUAUCUUGGUCCUGGGGGCAUUGGAGACUUCGGAAACUACCCCAACUGCACUGGAGGAGCAGCUGGUUACAUUGAUCGUUUGCUUCUUGGAGAAAACCAUAUAUAUCAGCAUCCCUCUUCAAGUGUGAUUUACCAAACAACAAUGCCAUAUGAUCCUGAAGGAAUCCUGGGGACAAUAAAUACCAUAUUUAUGGCAUUUUUGGGACUGCAGGCAGGAAAAAUUAUCUUGUUUUACAAAGAUAAGCACAAACAAAUCAUGAGUCGGUUCUUCAUAUGGAGCAUAGUAAUGGGAAUUAUUUCUGCUAUCUUGACAAAAUGUUCUAAAGAAGAAGGGUUUAUUCCCAUCAACAAGAACUUAUGGUCAGUAUCGUAUGUGACAACCAUGAGCUGCUUUGCUUUCUUCCUCUUAUUGCUGAUAUAUUACCUUGUGGAUGUCAAGAGAUUGUGGUCGGGUGCUCCAUUUUUCUACCCAGGAAUGAACUCGAUCCUGGUCUACAUAGGACAUAAAGUAUUUGAAAACUAUUUCCCAUUUAAGUGGAAGAUGCAAGACAGUCAAUCCCAUGCAGAGCAUCUGACUCAAAACCUCACUGCGACAACUCUUUGGGUCAUAAUAUCCUACUUACUUUACAGGAGAAAGAUAUUCUGGAAAAUCUGAUGGGAGAUUGUCAAGAUGUAGCAGGCCUAGAUUCUGAUGGGGCAAGUGCAUAAGGUGCAUUAGCCUGGAAUAUUGCCACAUGUGAUAGGCUGUAUAACUAAAAAGGGAUACUAGUUCAAGUUUACAGUGCCAUGGAAGUUGUUAUCAAGACUUUAAUGUGACUUAAGGGACAGUAUUUUCCUAUUUUGCAAAAACUUGCUAGUCUGCUGCAGUUGCUCUGUUUUCUGUAUUUUG